AUGAAGAGGAAACCGAUGCUCAACAUGAUGCAGUUGGUUCUUGUUUUCUUGGGGUGCUUGCCUGCAAGAUCAGUAUUGGCUGACCCCAGUGAAGAUGAAGCAAAAAAUAUCACUAUCUUUACAAGAAUUUUAGACAGACUUCUGGAUGGUUACGACAAUCGUCUGAGACCUGGAUUAGGAGACAGUACAACUGAAGUCUUCACAAACAUCUAUGUGACCAGUUUUGGGCCAGUUUCGGAUACAGAUAUGGAAUAUACAAUAGACGUUUUCUUUCGCCAAAAGUGGAAAGACGAGAGGUUAAAGUUUAAGGGUCCAAUGAACAUUCUUCGACUGAACAACUUAAUGGCUAGUAAAAUCUGGACUCCAGAUACAUUCUUUCACAAUGGGAAAAAGUCAGUAGCCCAUAACAUGACUAUGCCAAACAAGCUGCUACGAAUCCAAGAUGAUGGGACACUCUUGUAUACCAUGAGGCUUACGGUCCAGGCUGAAUGUCCAAUGCACUUAGAAGACUUCCCUAUGGAUGCUCAUUCAUGCCCAUUGAAAUUUGGCAGCUAUGCAUAUACGAUUUCAGAAGUGACCUACAAGUGGACUUACAAUGCAUCUAAUUCAGUAGAGGUGGCGCCAGAUGGUUCAAGACUGAAUCAGUAUGAUCUUUUAGGUCAAACAGUUGGACAGGAAACAAGCAAAUCAAGUACAGGUGAAUACAAAGUAAUGACAGCACAUUUCCAUUUGAAGAGGAAGAUCGGCUAUUUUGUGAUUCAGACCUACCUCCCCUGCAUCAUGACUGUCAUCCUGUCCCAGGUGUCAUUCUGGUUGAACAGAGAAUCCGUCCCUGCAAGAACAGUCUUUGGAGUAACUACUGUACUAACAAUGACAACUUUAAGCAUCAGUGCUCGAAAUUCCCUGCCCAAAGUUGCCUAUGCCACAGCCAUGGACUGGUUCAUCGCUGUUUGUUAUGCAUUUGUAUUCUCUGCCUUGAUAGAGUUUGCCACUGUAAAUUACUUCACAAAAAGAGGAUGGGCCUGGGAUGGAAAAAGUGUAGUCAACGAUAAGAAAAAAGAAAAAGCAUCCGUCAUGAAGAAAAACAAUGCCUAUGCAGUGGCAGUGGCCAAUUACGCACCAAAUAUCACCAAGGACUCUGUUCUCCCGACAAUCUCCAAAAGCGCUACCACUUCGGAGCCAAACAAGGCAAAGCCAGAAGCCAAGCCGCAGGAAGCAAAGAAAACCUUCAACAGCGUUAGUAAAAUCGACAGGAUGUCAAGAAUAGUCUUUCCAGUUUUAUUUGGUUCUUUCAACUUAGUGUACUGGGCUACAUAUCUCAACAGGGAACCUGUCUUACACGGGUUUGAACCAGCGCAAUAA